UACGCAGUAAAAGCUAUGAAACAAAUGGAGCCACAAGUAAAACGAGCGCUUCAGAAUCUGCCCAAACCUGCCUUCAAUGGUUAUUACAGAGGUGGAUUUGAACCCAAAAUGACUAAACGAGAAGCAGCUUUAAUACUAGGAGUGAGCCCUACAGCUAACAGAAGUAAAAUUAGAGAAGCUCAUAGACGGAUCAUGCUUCUGAAUCAUCCAGAUAAAGGUGGCUCUCCGUAUGUAGCAGCCAAGAUUAAUGAAGCUAAAGAUUUACUGGAAGACCAAGCUAAAAAAUAA